GGGAGGGGGGAGGAGAGCCGCAGUAGGAGGCAGCCGCUGCCCAUGAGGGCCUGAUGGAAAACACAAAGGACCUGACUGAACAUUCUUCACGGACAGAAAGGAAGAGACGUGACUCUUUCGGGAUGUUUGAUGGUUAUGAUAGCUGCAGUGAGGAUACCAGUAGUAGCUCCAGUUCUGAUGACAGUGAAGAGGAAGUCACUCCUUUACCCUCCAGUCUCCCAAUUAUCAAGAAUAAUGGACAGGUCUACACGUAUCCUGAUGGCAAAUCUGGCAUGGCUACUUGUGAGAUGUGCGGAAUGGUUGGUGUCAGAGAUGCCUUUUAUUCUAAAACCAAGCGUUUUUGCAGUGUUUCCUGCUCAAGAAGUUACUCAUCGAACUCUAAGAAGGCCAGCAUUCUGGCCAGACUUCAGGUAACGGGAAAACCUCCAACUAAGAAGGCUAAAGUGCUACAGAAACAACCUUUAGUUGCUAAAUUAGCUGCAUAUGCUCAAUACCAAGCAACGGUACAGAAUCAGUCAAAGACUAAAACAGCAUCUGUUCCAGUGGAAGGUUUUAACUGGGGUACCUACAUCAGCAGCAAUAGUUUUUCAGCCGCUCCUGUUAACUGUUUUAAACAUGCACCGAUGGGGACUUGCUGGGGUGACAUUACAGAAGGUGUCCGUGUAGAAGUUCCUAACACAGACUGCAGUCUACCUACCAAAGUCUUCUGGAUUGCCGGGAUUGUAAAAUUAGCAGGUUACAACGCUUUACUAAGAUAUGAAGGCUUUGAAAAUGAUUCAAGUCUUGACUUUUGGUGCAACGUCUGUGGUCCCGAUAUCCACCCAGUUGGUUGGUGCGCAACCAGUGGGAAACCUCUAGUACCACCUCGAACCGUUCAACACAAAAACACAAACUGGAAAGCUUUUCUAGUGAAACGACUCACUGGUGCCAAAACUCUUCCUCCUGACUUCUCUCAGAAGGUGUCAGAAAGCAUGCAGUACCCUUUCAAACCUUCAAUGAGAGUAGAAGUUGUUGACAAAACGCAUCUCUGCCGAACACGGGUAGCAGUUGUAGACAACGUAAUUGGAGGCAGGUUAAGAUUAGUAUAUGAAGAAAGUGAAGACAAAACAGACGAUUUCUGGUGCCAUAUGUACAGUCCUCUCAUCCAUCCCAUUGGUUGGUCUCGAAGUAUAGGACAUAGAUUCAAAAGAUCUGAUAUUGCCAAGAAACAGGACUCACACAUUGAUGCACCCUCACAUUUAUUUGCUAAGGUAAAAGAAGUUGAAUCAAGUGGAGAAUGGUUCAAGGAGGGAAUGAAGCUGGAAGCCAUAGAUCCAUUAAACCUUUCUGCAAUAUGCGUGGCAACAAUUAGAAAGGUAUUAGCAGAUGGAUAUCUUAUGAUUGGAAUUGAUGGUUCUGAGGCAGCAGAUGGGUCUGACUGGUUCUGUUACCAUGCCACUUCCCCUUCUAUAUUCCCAGUUGGUUUCUGUGAAAUUAACAUGAUAGAACUAACUCCACCCCGAGGUUAUGCAAAACUACCUUUCAAAUGGUUUGACUACCUCAGGGAAAUGGGUUCAAUAGCAGCUCCUGUGAAGCUCUUCAACAAGGAAGUUCCAAACCAUGGGUUUCAUGUUGCAAUGAAACUGGAGGCUGUGGAUCUCAUGGAACCUCGUCUAGUAUGUGUGGCCACAGUAACUCGCAUUAUUCAUCGUCUGUUGAGGAUACAUUUUGAUGGCUGGGAAGAUGAAUAUGAUCAGUGGGUGGAUUGUGAAUCUCCUGACCUCUAUCCUGUAGGAUGGUGUCAGCUAACUGGGUACCAGCUACAGCCUCCUGCAUCACAAUCAUCGAGAGAUAACCAGUCAAGUUCAUCGAAGCAGAAGAAAAAGUCAAAGUCACAACAGUACAAAGGACACAAAAAAAUGUCUUCACUGCAGCUGAAGGAGGAGUUACUAGAUGGAGAAGAAUACAACUUUCUUCAAGGAUCAUCUGAUCAGGAAAGCAAUGGGUCCGCCAGCCACUACAUCAAACAAGAACCGUAAGGGGCAGAUUUGAAACCCGUACAAAAAAGCCUUUCUUCAAGACUGACAUUCCCAUUCGGAGGAUAUAAUUGGAUAGCUUCUACUAAGGGCACUUUGCUUAUUGCAGAUAAGAUUUCAAUUGAGAAUUUUUGGAGGGCAAGGAACUAUUUUAGUGAAAAAAGAUUUUUCAAUUUAUUACAAAAAAAAUGACACUUUUGUGUUGUAUUUGAAGCUUUUGAAAUAAUUUUUGUAAUAUUUUCAAGUUCAGAUUGUGCAUUGUUAAAAAAAAUGAAACUAAUUUUUGGUAAGAAUUAAAAGCUUAAUUAGCGGGAUUGCAGGAAACCCUUUGAGGAAGAGGAGUGGUAGUAUAGGUGAAAACACAAGUGAACUGUCAUAACAAGUGAACCUUCUGGUACAAGCUGGGAGAUUCUGAAUUUUAAAGCUACACAAUUCAUGCCCUGUCCUUUCCAUAGUGAAAUCAUGAAAUCAAAACCUUAGUGUGAUGAAAACAUGCCCAAAUAAGUUGGAAGAGAGUCUGAACAGAAAGUGACAACAUGCUUGUAAUCCACCUGUUGCAUCAAGUUCUCAUCCAGUCUCUAUUGAGGUCAGUGACUAGAUACAGCUACUUUCUAGUUUACAUUUUGCAUUCUUGGGAUAUUCAAGCAAACAAUCCGCAAAGUGUCAAAGGGUUUCAAAAUGUCAAGGGUUUCAAGAUUUUAAAAUGGAAAUCAGUUUGGGAGUUCUGUCUUAUGCAAGUAAAGGAAGAUAGACUAUACUUGAAAGGCCCUGUGAUGCCGAAACAUCUACAGUUUCGCUUUUCGUCUUACCAGAAGACACAGGUGAAGAAACGAGGAAUGCAGAGUGGGAAAGCAGAAGUCUGCGUCUGGACAUGGCAUUUCGCUUUCUCAUAUGGAAGAGCUUUUUUGCUUGUACUAAAUUAAACUGGUUUGCUUGAAGAUUGUAUUUGGACCUGGUUUUAGGCAUCCUGUUUUCUUCAGCUUGGCUGCUGAUACAGAUUUAAAUCAACAAGAAUUUGUUGUGACUGGUGUGGCUAAAAUGCAAGAAUGCUGAAUUACCUAGAAUCUUUUCUCAGAGUUAAAUCUGGAUUUCAUCAGAUGAUUUCAGUCAUGGAAUUGAACAUGCUGACAUUUCCACUCUGCAGUGUUGUGACAGGAUGAUGUUGUCAAGAGUUGCUUUUACCAGUAAGGUUCAUUAACUAAACUCUCAGGAAUUAACUGCUUAUGUUCUGUAAAGUGCUUCUGGGUCAUAGCAGGUCCUAUUUAGAGCAGUAUAACUUGUCACAUUCUUUACUCUAGGAUAGGAUUUAGAAGGAAUUAUUGGUAUUGAUUAACCUCUACAACCUUUAAGCCUACGACUAGCAACCCACAAAAGCCCCAGACACAUUUUUUGGCAUAUAAUUGUUUUGAAUUUUUAAAAACGCAUAGAAAGUUGAAAACCAGCAAUUUGAUUCUUUUCGUAAUUAUCUUGCUCUGUUGUAGGGUAUAUACCAUUGGUGAUAUGCAAAGGUUUAUCACAUUCUAUGCAAGAGGGGAUAAUGAUGUAAAAAUUUGUAGUAACUGCUGGAAGUAAAUUUUUUCUGUAUAGUAUAGGAAUGUAUCAGAACAGUUUCUAAUCAUUUUUCCAUAUAGCUGGGCCAUUUUUGACAACUGCUUCAUGUAUACAUAUUUUAAAAACUGAUUUUGGAUGUCAAAUACUUGUAAAUUUAGGAAAUAAUUAGGUAUUCUAUAUCCUUAAAAAGAUUAGAGUUAUGAUCUAGAGAAGAGGGGGAUCUCUGGGUCUAGCUUGGCCUUCUUUUUUUCUUCUGAGCAGCAUGCUACCCCACCCUGUCCUUUAAAGCUCCAGUUGUAUUUUAAACUUCUCCAGUUUGCAGAAUGGCUUAUAAACAGCACCCGAGGGCAGCUCUCUGGAGGGGAGAAGCUGAAAGUUCUGUUGUGUGCAGACAUAAAGAAGUUCACUGGGUCACAGCCAAUAUUUGAAAAGUAAUAGUCAAAACAGUUUGACCGACCUCUUCUAGUAAUGUUACUUUACAUUUACUUCUUUAAAGCCAGUGUCUCUCCCCCCCCCCCCCAAACAAGAAUAACCCAUGUCAUCUGAGUUAUCCAGAUUUUGGGAUAGAAUGACCUAACAGAUACACAGUCCUGAGCAAAUACUAACCAAGACCUGGUAGUGAUCCACUAUUCUGCCCAUUUGGUGGCAAGAUUCUGUCAACCUGAGCCACACAUAAUCAACGUAGUAAGCUAUGCAGGACUAGCAGAAUCAAGAACAUAGUGCUCAAGGGUAGAAUGUUUUCCACAUGAUGUUAUGUGGUCAAACUCUGAAAGAUUUAGACUAGCGCUUGUAUUUCUUCUGAUUUUAGUAGGGACCACUUGUAUGCAUAAUACUGCUUAAUGUGAGAAAGAUGUAGAACAAGGCCUGUAGUAACCUGGCCUACCCAUGCAGACAAAUAAGUUGAUAGAAUGGGUUGUACCACUGCAGGAGAGUGGAUAAUUUUUUAAAAGUCUCUGUACAUUCAUAAUUUCCUGUAAGCAGAGACCAGCACAGCAUAAGAAAAGACUAAAAUAGAAAUUUUCUCCCUGAUGUGCUAGGUUCUUUUAAAAAAUUAUUUUCAGGGAGUCUGAAAAUGCGGGAAUUCUAAAAAACUGAUUCCCCCUGUCUGCAUCCAGUCACCUCAAGAUUCUGCCACCACAUUCUGCUGCACUUGUGGAACAGGUCAUAGUACCCAUUGUUACAAGGAAAAGAAAGCUACAGUGUAAGCUUGAAUUUGUGUAUAAAAAGAUUCUUGUAUGGACAUAAAAUUUGAACUUGAGCUUGAACCAAUACACCCAGCUGGAGUUGCCACUUAUUUUCCUGGGCAUGCUUCGUAUCUUUUUAGCAGCCACGUAGUAGACAGAAAUUAAGCAGACGCAUCACUGCACAUUUCUCCUUGGAAGCCUCACCUGUUGAAUUUCUGCCAGUUAAGUGGCUCUUUUAAGGCAUAUAACCUUUGACAGAAAUAUAAGUGGCAACCCUACUUCUACCUCGGUUGAAUAUGGCAGCUGCUGGAAAAUCCAUAGCCAGCCUCAUUCCCUACCACGUCAGCCCAGAAAGUGAGCCUGAAACAUUCAAAAUAGCCUGCUGGACCAGGUCAUGCUGUGGGAUGGUAACCUUGAUUAAUGCACUGUUGCUAGUCCUCAGGUUUCUAGAGGUGACUGUACAUAGUGAAAGGAAAAUGGUCCCAGUAGUCGGAGGUGAGUAUAGUGUGUAUUAGGUCAUAUUGGUGACACUGUCAAAUCGUCCUCCACCCCCAAUUUCUUUCUGUGGGCAGGAUUUUACAUCCUGAGAUAUAUGUGCAUAUAUAAAAGAAAAUUAAAUUUUAGAAUCUCUUCUUUUUCAACUUGUUUCUGAUUUGAAUGCCAUGCAACUAUCUUGAAUGAGUCUCCGUUAAAGAUUAGUUGAAUAAGAAUCUUUUCUUUUUUGUUACUUCAUUUUUGAUUCUGCGCAACAUUUACUCGUGGCCUCAUAACACAGCUGAUCACUGGGAGACAGUAAGCUUUUCUUUGUGCAAGUUUAAUUGCUUUUGCUAUGCAUGUAAUUGGGUAUAAUGUAGCUCUAAGAACAUUCUUUUACUGUGAACUGAUGUACGCAAACAAAUUGGGACGGUGUUGGGAGGUGGGGGUUUUGGUCAGGGGUUUGAGGCCUGUACUGAUGCUGUAAGGGUUAGCAAAUAUCAGUAGAUGGCAUGUGGCAGGAUUUUCUACGCAAGAGGGCACUGUAGACAAGAUAAACUGUGUUACAAGUGCUCCUUCUUUGCACUGCUCAGAAUCUUAGCUGACCCUUUUAAAGUUUCUUUUCAAAUUUCCUUACUGAAUCUGAGUAAAGCAAAAGCAGUUAUCAUUUUCUUGUUCUAUUGAUACUAACACGGGUUUCAGUGUGUGUUUGUUUUUAUUGUCGUCAUUUUUAUGUGAUGUGAACACCCUCUCCCAUCCAUAUUUGUAUUAUGGUGCUAAUAUAUUUGGUAACAAUCCUUUAUUGGAAAGGGAUUAAAACUGUGAUUAAAUUGAAAUUUGUUUCUUUUUAAUUUUCAUAUUUAAGUACAGUCUCAGCCAUUUAUAAAAAAAGAAAAGAGAGAAAAAACCAACAACUUUUGCCCAGGGAAAACUGUAUCCAGGCAGAAGUUUUUUAAAAAAUUAAAUAGGGUUUUUACAUCAUUUCUGUAUGUAUUUGAUAUAUAGAUCAAUAUCUGUAUAAAUUCAAACUUUUAUUUUCUUGGUAAUGUGUGUGGUCAAAUGGGAGCGUUUUAAAACCUCUAAUGAAAUGUACAUAACUCAGUGAAAAAUGCUUUUGAAGAAAUUAAUGUUACUUUCAUUUUUACCAGACUGCAGAUUUUCAAGCAUGGAUGUGAAAAAGCAUUAAAAUUAUAACUUUGUGUACAAGAUGAAAAUAAUUCACUAAAUUUGCCUUUUUUACACAAAAUAAAAAAUGUUAAAGAAAAAACA